GUCCUGCCUUCUCCCGAGCCCCAUGGUGCACCGCGCCGGCAGCCAAAGGCAGGGAGAGAGGCGAAGCGACGCGCACGGCAUCCUGGGAGUUGUAGUCUUCUGCUGAAGAGCCUGGGAAGCCUGUCAGGAGCUUGGCGCUGGUACCAUGCACGGCCCGCGGAGAGUCGACUGGAGUCUGAUAGGCUAUCCUGAAAGAAUGCCGUUUUCGGUAUUGGGCAGACGCCCACUGGAGGCUGGGCGGGGUUUCGGGGGAGAGGAGGCGGGGCCUCUGGGCUUAGGGCGCGAUCCGUUGAAAGACGGUUGGUGUCGGUUCGGAUUAGUAGUUCCGAUUGGGCCGUGCCAGCAGCGCUUCUCCAUGGCAGACCCCGAGGACGCGCGGGUUUCUCCGCAGCCCCCGCCACCUGCCUUCUCCCCCUCGUCUUCGGAAGCCUCUUCCCCCGGCAUCCCCGGGAGUUUGGACUGGCCGGUUCGGAGCAGGAGCCCCGCGGCGGACCGGCUGGAGCAAGUGGAGCUGCAGAUCGGAGAUGCAGCAUUUUCAUUAACCAAACUGCUGGAGGCCACAUCGGCAGUAUCAGCUCAAGUGGACGAGCUUGCCUUGAAAUGUACAGAAAACGCACGUUUCCUGAAAACAUGGCGGGACCUCUUGAAAGAAGGCUACAAUUCUUUGAAGCCUGACAACUGAUUUAGCUGUGGAAUACAACUCAGACUUCCUCACUUAUGAUAUUUUCACUUGUAUCAUAUGUAUAGGGGAACCCCCAGUAGUUCUGUACACUCAAAAUGAAAUUUUUCUUUUGUGAAAGCAGAAUACUGAUGAUAUUUUUGAUGCUGGCUAGUAUUUGUUUCAUCUUCUGACUAAACUUCCAUAGAAUCUUUUAUGAAAGUUAAUUUCGUCAGUAGACAAAUAUACCACAGUGUUACCAGGAGCAAACGAGGUAGAACAUUAUUUUAUUUGAUUUGCAAGAAGAUGCCAAGAAUGGCAGAGUAACUUUAAGGUUAGUAAUGUUAGUUCCAUUAGGCUAACUUCUCUAGGCCAAUCCCAGCACCUAGGACAGUGUCACUCUAAAGAGUCAAUCUCAUCGACUUAAAGUAAAAUAUAUAUAUUUUUUAAUGGAGAUUUGAACUUUUACUGAUGACAGCUUUU